GUACCCAGCGUUACAGACACUGCAACGCACGUUCUAGUCCUAGUAGAGCUAGGACUAGUAAGCACGAGCUCACUGACUUAGUUAUGGUUUACAUAUUAUGUUUGCUUGUAUUUACAGGUAAAACACAAUAUAGUUGAUAAUUUUAGCUACCUCAAUAUACGAGUAAUUCAAUAAUUCACUAAAGAUCUGUCCUGAGUUUCAAAUAUCGUCAACUCGAAUGAUUUGCUGUUUUUUUUUAUUGCGUGUCCCCGGUCCCGGCUGAUCUCAGUUUACGACGAAGGUUUUUCCGCUAUGACUCAUUGUCUCUGUGAACGAGACGGCGGAGAGAUCUCAAAAGAAACAAGCAUCAAACUACGUGGAGUGCCUGGAGGAUAUGCUGCGGGACCUAAGGGUGAUAAACACAUGUCAGCCAAGUAAAGACACGUUGGUGCAGUACUCCAACAAGGUGGAGUUUCUCAAACGCCUCAUCGCACAAGACAAGCAAUCGACUCAGGGAACGACGGAGAGAACCUUGCGCAACGAACAACUGGCAACACUGAGCCCGGCCCCCGACCAAAAGGCCAAAGAAAUAUUGCUCAAGCGGCAGAGCAAGGUUGUGCAAGAUGUUCGAGACGAACUCUUCGAUUCUCGAACGUCCAACAGACCUGCCGCGGACAAAGGCGUCAGGCAGAGGACGCCCGCGCAGCCGGCGAAGGGCACGGCGGGCGAGGACUUCGACGCAGUGCUGCGCUACCACAACUCGAUGCAGGAGAAGAUAGCCGAGGAGAUGGUGUCCCUUGCCCAGAACCUCAAGCAGAACGCCCUCCUGGCGGGGCACAUCGUCAAGAAGGACACCGAGACGGUGCAAAAGAAUGUCCUGGCGACGGAUCAGAACUACCAGCGUCUGCAGGAAGAGCAGAACCGUUUGGAGGAGCACAUCCGAAGGUCGUGCAGCUGCUGGAUCUGGCUCAUGCUCGGGAUUGUCUGCAUCGUCUUCCUCCAGAUGGUCGUCUUCAUGCGCAUCUUCCCCAAGCGGUUUUGAAGCGAUGGUACGGUGCUUGCAAGGAGUCUUCGACCGGUGCGCUUACCGCGGAUAUACGCUCUACGCACCGUAACGAAGGCAUCGACGAUUGAACCGGCGGCGUUGCGAGAAAUGUGGCAAAACAUUCUUCGAACGGACUCUGCCAUCGUCUGAGCGACGUCCUCGAAAUGUCUCGGUUGCAAUGCGGCAGAUGUUUUUAGAUCGAAUUCGGGAAACCCCGAGAAACUCGGCGGUGCCGCGUUUGUUCGAAAUACCACCGUGAAGUUGCAACGGCGGACCAAUUUACGGAAGACUGUUUGGUGGGUGUGUGCUUGUUUGUCUGGCAACUGGUGAUGUUCAAGAUUAAAUUGAAGUAUUUAUGUAAUGUAA